UCGUGGAGUGUACACUGUGAUUGCUCUUAUUUUUUAAAUCGUUUCUUCAGAUUCGUCGCCGAUCUUUGCUCGCCAUGUUCUUUUUACAAAAUAUUAUUAUUAGUAUAUAUAUUAACAUAUAUUCUCUUUGCUGUUACUUUUAGCUCUGGACAAGUUCUUCCAACUCUGUUCCUUCUCUGUCUCUCUCUCUCCAUUCGGAAGUUUGCAUUUUGGUCAUUUGGGUCUUCUUUGGAAAUAUAAUUGCAGGGAACAAUUUAGAGUUAGCAAACAUAAUUAUCUCUUCAGCUUCUUGUACACAAAAUCUUUUGUUCUCUUUUACCCUUUUAGCUUUUUGGGUUCUGAAUUCAUUCUCCGGUAACUUCGUUCUCUGUAUGAAGAAAAAGGAAAAUGGGUGUUUAAAGAAAAAAAGAAACAGAGCAAAAGCUGAUUCAAGAAGUUGAUUUUGUUUUGUAGACAGAAAGAGGAUAAUUCAGGGUGUGGGGUUUGGAGCAGUGGUGGGGGUGGAACAGGUGAUGGAGAGAAUGUAUGGUAGUGGUGAUGGAGGAGGAGGAGAAGAUUGUUAUCCAUACGAGGGUGGAUGUGGUGGGGUGGUAAUGACAAGAGACCCAAAGCCAAGGCUGAGAUGGACUGCUGAUCUUCAUCAACGCUUUGUUGAUGCUGUCACUAAGCUUGGUGGCCCUGACAAAGCGACUCCCAAAUCAGUGCUGAGGAUAAUGGGCUUAAAGGGGCUCACACUGUACCAUCUAAAGAGUCAUUUACAGAAAUACAGGCUUGGACAACACUCCAAGAAACAGAACACAAUAGAACAAAACCAAGAGACUGCUGGAAAUUCCUAUGGACAUUUGCAUUCCUCAGGCACCAGUACCAAUUCAUCAGGGGUGAACAGUGAACGAGGAGAAAUCCCAAUUACAGAGGCCCUUAGGAGUCAGAUCGAAGUACAGAAACGAUUACAGGAGCAGCUGGAGGUACAAAAGAUAUUACAGAUGAGAACAGAGGCCCACGGGAAGUAUUUGCAAACAAUACUAGAGAAAGCUCAAAAGAGUCUCUCAUUUGAUAUCAAUUGCCCUAACAAUUUGGAAGCAACAAAAGCUCAACUAACCGACUUCAAUGUGGCUCUAUCAAAUCUCAUGGAAAAUAUGAACGGAGAAGAGAGGCAUGAAAAUAUUGUCGAGAAGGCCACAUUUAACAAUAUUAAUAGGAAAACGGAUGGGUCUGUUUAUUUGGGAGAAGAAGAACGAAAGAAGGGUGUCAAGCUUGAGGUUGAACGAGGUUCCAUAAGUUUUGAUCUGAAUGCAGGAGGUAGCUAUGACUUUCUUGGCGCAAAUGGAGCUGUAUUGGAAACCAAGCAACUUGCUUAUAGGAGAUAGAAUUGGAAAUAAUGUGCUUCUCCUUUUACUCUAAUCUAAUGUUACUUCCACUGCUUCAAUUUGUUUAUAAUGCUUUUUGUUGGUAGCUAUUUAGAUCCAUUACUUAUCCUAAAGUGCAGUAGUUGUGGCUGUUGGCAUUUCAUUGGGUAUAUAUACCUAUUGUUGGCAUAGCCAAACUUGGCAUUGUAUCUGGAAAUUUCUGACAUUAAAGUAUAUCCUGAGAAUGGUUUCUCUUACAAUUGCUUGAAUGCUUUGUAUGUUUAUUGCCUCAUUUUUCAGAGCAUAAAUAAGU